AUGCCUGUUCCUACCUACAACGCUAAGCCUUUGAGCCUUAUGCUCUUGGGUACUCGAGUCCUUCAGUCUAUCUGCAUGAUCCUCGUCAUUGGCAUCUGCUCCAACUUUGUCCAGAUGAUUGUUACCACUGGUGUUGAGCCGCCCAAGGAGUUUGUUGGCACCCUCAGCGUGGCCUGCAUUGCUACCCUAUACAUCAUGGUUAGCAUUGGCUACUACUGGUCCCAAGCCAACCUCGGCCUUCUUGUCAUGGCUGGUGUGGACUCUCUUCUUCUCAUUGCCUUCAUCGUCUGUGCAGUCACUCUUGGAAAGCCCAUGUCUUUCCUCAACUGCUAUGUCAUCGGAAAGACUUCAGCCGAGAUCGAUGCCAUGUACGCCAACGCUUUCGUCACUGCGGCGGUUCAGAACCUCAACAAGUCUGCCUCGAGCCUGGGCCACUGGGCUGGUGUCACUCGCAGCAACUGCUUCCAGGCUAAGACUGUCUGGGGCAUGACGAUUGCUCUUUGCAUUCUCUUCACUGUUUCUUGCGCUCUUCUGCCUACCCUCUGGUACAAGAACAACAUGAAGAAGCCUGCCAAGACUGUCGAGGAGGCCUGA